AUGCCCGGCCCAUAUAAACGUUCUCUUGAGGACGCAGGAUGCCCCCAAAAGGGAUGCCCCUUGGACGCGUCGGAGGAGCGGACUAUUACGGAGGAGUCGGUAACGGGCGCGGCGCCAACAGGCGUGGCGCCCGUGGGCAUUGAGAGAGCCAAGAGACGACGCUCCGAUUUUCCCCCAAAUGUCCCGGAGGAGUGCGAGAAGACGGCUGUUUCACCGAUGACGGUCACGCCAGCCACGGUCACCCCGGCGUCGGUGGUUACUUCGGACACGAUCACGCCAGCGACGAUAGUUCCGCGGGAUGUCGUGCCGGUUUGUUCGGUGUACAAGGGACGGGCGUCGUCGUUUACGUUGCGGAUGGUGGACGGUCGUGCGCGGCGGGGCACGUUGGAGUUGCCGCACGCGCGUGUGGAGACGCCUUGCUUCAUGCCAGUGGGUACGAACGGGCCAAUGAAGAUGAUUUUGUCGGAGAGGAUGGAGAGGUUGGGCCCGUCAUUAAUGUUGAACAACACAUACCACUUGGGUGCUCGGUUAGGUCGGGAGUUGUUGACUCAUUUUGGCGGUACACACACGAUGAUGCAAUGGGACGGAGGACUGUUAACGGACUCCGGUGGAUUCCAGAUGGUUUCAUUACUUAAGCUGGCACGGAUAACAGAAGAGGGUGUGGAAUUUGAGCACCCCAGUACUCGAGAGAAGAUGUUGCUUACACCGGAAGAGUCAAUUGCUAUUCAGAACGCAAUUGGUGCUGAUGUUAUGAUGGCUCUAGAUGAUGUUAUUUCAGCUGUAGAUGACGAUCGGAAACGUUUCGAAAUUAGUGUGGGACGAACCACGCGAUGGCUCCAUCGUUGUAUGGCGGCUAACGCGCGACCGGACGAGCAAAAUCUUUGGGGCAUCGUUCAAGGUGGGCUGUACGCCGAUCUGCGAGAAGAAAGUUUAAAACAGCUCCGAGACCUUGACCUACCCGGUUUCGCUAUUGGUGGCCUUUCAGGGGGAGAAUCUAAAGCCCAGUUCGCUGAAAUGGUCGAACUCUGUACCCGUAGAUACGGUCAGGGACUUCCCGAACACAAAAGCAGGUAUCUCAUGGGCGUCGGAUACCCUUUGGACAUUGUCGUCUGUGUCGCACUUGGCUGCGACCUUUUCGACUGCGUCUUUCCCACACGUACCGCACGCUUCGGAGUCGCUCUCGCCGACGAAGGACACAUCCGACUUAAAAACAAUGCCUACCGCACCGAUCCCAGACCCGUUGACGAAACCUGCGACUGCUACAUGUGCCAACACUUCACCCGCGCCUUCAUUCACGCUACCAUCGCCUCCUCACCAUCAACGUUGAGCAUGAUUUCCGAACAUAAUAUUCGCUACUUACAUAAUCUGGGCGUUAGGAUGCGCACCGCCAUCGAACAAAAGAACUACUCUGGGUUCGUCCGUGAUUUCCUUGCCAAGCAGUUUCCCCCCGCGGAGGACCGGUUCCCGCCCAUUUGGGUCCGUGGCGCACUCAGGCAGGUCAUGCCCGAAGUUGAGUCGUGGUACUCUUGGGACUCCCUGACCCCUGCACAGAUCGAAGCGAUGCAGAAAGACGAAAAGUGCGGCAGCCAUUCGCACACGGAAUUCCAACCGCGCUGCACUGCUGCAGUUGAAGGCGACGCGGGCAACCAGUCCUGA